AUGACAGGUGCACGAGGCUGCGGCUGUGGGCAGAUGUGGUAUCCAGCCCCAGGUCCCGGCGUCCCCUGGCUUCCCAGCCCGCUGUCCUUUGACUUCGUGCGGGCAGCGGGCUGGCGCCCAGGAUGCUGGGGAACCCUGAGCGCCGGAGGCCGACAAGCCGUGGGGCCCAGAGGCGCCACAGGGCAAGAAGGCACCCGCCUCCCAGCGCUUUCACCCCCUGGCCUGCCCGGCCCGCGAGGUGUCCCAGUGGCUACGGCCACGUCAGGCAUUCUGCCCGGCGGCGGCUGCACAGGGAUGAGAACUGAGAACCUGCUCAACCCCAUCCGGGGUGACUGCAAAGUGCCCAUGCCAGCGGCCCCGAUCUCCCUCUGGUGGAGGAAUGGGGCGGGAGACACGGCCUGGGGGCCUCAGGCUGGGAGCUCUGGCGAUCCCGAGGACCACCAGACCAUGCACCUCCAGCCCGCCUGGGCACCCAAGCUGCAGCCGCCUUCUGUGUGCAGGCAGCGGCCUCCAGGCAACCCCCGAGCCCGCCCGCACUCCCCACAUCCCAGAACCGGGGCCAGAUGUCCCUCUGGCUGCCGCCAAGCCAGGCGGUCUGCCCUGCGGCGGCUGCACAGGGGCGGGAACCGGCCCUCAGCCCCAUCCCCGGUGGCUGCAGAGGGUCACUGGCUAGAGGUCCUCAGCUCCAGCAGAGGAGGAGCCCGGCGGGGGCAGGGCCUGGCUGGCUCUCAGGCCAGGCGCACUCAUGAUCCAGAGGCGGCCCAGGCCAUUCUCCACCACCUGGGCGCCCAACUGCCUGGCUACUCCCAAGCUGGCUGGCGCUCCCAGCCUAGCAGAACCGGGGCUAGAUGUCGCCGUGGCUGCAGCCAAGCCAGGCGGUCUGCCCGGCGGCGGCUGCACCGGGGUGGGAACCAACCCCCCCAGUCCCAUCCCCGGUGGCUGCGGAGGGCCCCUGUCAGCAGCCCAGAUCUCUCUUCGGAGGAGGAGCGGGGCGGGAGUCACCAGGAAUAUCCUUCCCUUAGUAUCUCAGCAACCAUCCCCGGAGAGGCUCUUUGGGCUGUGGAUGUAGUACCCAGCAUCCUGGGCUGCAGAUUCAUUGAUUUUCCAUGCUUUGAUUUGGUAUAA